CCCGCUCAAAAUUUUUCUCUCUCCUCACUUGAAUGCGCGGGUUCUCUCUCCUCGUAAAGAAAAAGAACGCUCAGAACGCUCAGAGCCUUCCUCUGUUUCCUCCUCCGCGCAUCCCACCUCCUCCGCCUCCGUCUCCAGCUCUGCCUCCGUCUCCGCCUCCGCCUCGGCCUCCACCUGCCCAAAAGCCUCGCUGGUCAUCUGCCUCUGGUAUCUCGGUCUCGUUCCCGAGCCGCACCAGGCUCCCCGCCGCUGACCAGGCGCUGUCCCUGACGCUGGCCCGCUCGGUCGCGAGGGAGAUCUCGGCGGACUUUGGCGGGGUCGACGGCGCGGCGAAGAAGGAGAGGCCUGCUGCAUUUUCUCUCUCUUUUUUUUCAACGAAGCGCUUUUUCUUCCCGCUUCUGCCUCUCUCUUCCUCAGCACUCCUCUCCUCUCUGUGCCGAGCCCUCUCACUCACCCUAAGCGCUUCCCUCCUCGUCGACGUCAUCGACUUUCCAGCCGCGGCUCCAGAAAUCGCCGGCUGCCGACUGGCCUCUCGAGCUUCUUUGUCUUCUACUCCUUAUUCGGUCCCGAUUUCGGGCUCGAGUACGUAGCCAAGGAUUUUGAAGCAAAAGAGGUUUGCGAGGCUAGAUAUACUGGUGGCGGUGCUAAGUUUUGGGGUUUCGGCGACGCCGCGACGGCUGCGAGGGAUAUUGUGGUGGAGGAGAGAGAGGCGUAUGGGUACCGUGAGACCUCGCUUUCUCCUUUUGCCUUUUUUUUCUUUUCUAUCGCCUCUGUCUCGCCGGAGUAAGAGCGCGGAGCAGAACGUCGAGCGCAGCGAGGCGAAGCGGGAGAGAGGCAAUGUCUACUUCGCCCGAUGCAGAUUCAGUCGACGCCCUUCGCUCCCAGAUCCAUUCUCUCCAGACGACGAUCAACGAGCUGGAGAAGCAGAACGCCGACCUUUCUUCUCGACUCUCUGGAUGUUGCUGUCAAAAGAUGGAAGACAAGAUUGGUUGUGUCGUAGAGGGAGGCGGAGUGGUCGAUGGGAAUGGCAAAUCAAUGAAACUGGACAAGAAGACUAGGAAGAAAAAAGAUUUCAAAACAGGAAUUCUCAAACACCAUCCAAGGCGAUAUGUUGCUCUAAGAUUGAUGUAUUUUGGACAAAGGUUUUAUGGUUUUGCCUCUGAAGCACAAUUGGAUCCAACUGUCGAGACACCUAAUUCAUUUCGAUCCGAAUCCCAUCAUACUGAUUUUGGUGUCAUGCAGUCUGAAAUUUUUGAAGCUCUUGAGAAGACUAAGCUUUUAGUUGGUGACAAGAAAAAGUCACAGUACUCAAGAUGUGGCAGAACAGACAAAGGAGUUUCAUCUUUUGGACAAGUAAGUUCAAAACUGCUACUCCGCUUCUAA